AUGCCAAAAUCAAAUGUCAGUGAUAUUGUCAAUUCUUUAAAAGUAUUAAAGUUGAAUGAUGAGAACGUUGAGAGCAGCAAAAGUAAUUAUUCUGACAAUUUUAAGAGUUUAAUAAAUGAAAAUUACUAUCUGCAAAUGCAACUGAAGGAGAAAGACUCCGAGUUGAUGAAAUUACGGAAACAUGGUCAAGUUGAACAGCAACGUCACAAUGUAUACGACUAUAAAUUAGGUACCACUGAUGAGGAUAAGUUCUCUAAUUUUGGGUCUGAUCUAAUAUCACAUUUUUCUGAAUCACCAAUGAAAUGUAAAAGAGGAACGUCAGUAAAGACCGAGACUUCAUUAGCCACUACGAAUAUUACGGAAAUUAAUAAAGAUCAUUUAUUAUUCAAAAAUAAUGUCAUACCUUUUAUAGAAAACCUCAUUUUGAUCCUUAACACUAACUUCAUUUUUGAGAAGGAGUGUAAUGAUUUGAACAAUCUGUAUAAACAAUUCCUUGAGAAUACGGCGGAACAAGACAGUCAACUAUUAAAUAAUAUCUUGACAAAAAUCAUAUUUUUAACUAGACAAUUAGUGGCAAUACUAAAUAAAGAAUUAAAAUUUAGUAAAAGAAAUAAAAACAUCGAGAGCAAGGACACCCAUAGAGAUCGAUCCAAACAUCAUUAUAAUCAAAUUGAUAUGAAAUAUUUACAAGAACAAAUUCUUUAUAAAUUGGAUGAAUUAGCUAACAAGAAACAAAAAUAUAGAAAACCUCAAUAUUCAAAAGAAAGUGAAAAAGGUUUAGAAAUAAUCCCUAUUGGUUAUCGAGAACAAAAAAAUGAAUUAAAACAACAAAAGAGAGAUCCAACCCAGUCAUCGUCGUCAAGGGAGAAGUGCUCGAGAUCUAAAAGAAAGGAUUCUUUACAGAAUUUCUUAUUGGAAGUGCAGAACGAGUACACCUCAAAAUCAUUCCAUUCAUAA